GUGGUCUAUAGAGCUAUUUGAUUCGGCCCAGCCUGAUCCUACGGUAAAAAUAGCGGACACAAGAAUACCGUACAACGUUAUUAAUAAUUAUUUUUCAAUUGGCGUGGACGCUGCCAUCUGCAACAAGUUCCACAUCGAGCGGCUCAAGAACCCCGACCGUUUCAACAGCCGCAUGAAGAACAAACUGUGGUACGUUGAAUUCGCCACAACGGAAACCCUUUUCGCCUCCUGCAAGAACCUGCACGAGUCCAUCGAGAUAGAAUGCGACGGUGUGGGCUUGGACCUGGCCAACGGCCUCCCCCUGCAGGGCAUCACGUUCUUGAACAUCCCCUACACGCACGGGGGGUCGAAUUUGUGGGGGGAACACUUGUCUGGGUCCAGAAGAAACAGAAGGAAAGGCAGGGAGAAGGAUAUUAGUACGAGUAGCUUCAAUUCGGUGGAUUUGAGUGUGGCAGUUCAAGAUAUAGGAGAUGGUCUUAUCGAGGUGAUAGGCUUGGACAACUGCCUACACAUGGGUCAAGUCAGGAUAGGCAUCACCGCCAGCGGUAGGAGACUAGCCCAAUGCUCUUCAGUCACCAUCAAAACGAAGAAAACAUUUCCAAUGCAGAUCGAUGGUGAGCCUUGGAUGCAACCUCCUACCACGAUACGUAUCACCCACAAGAACCAAGUACCUAUGCUGAUGGCGCCGCCUCCCGAAAAGAAGAAGGGUUUCUUCCGGUUCUUCCGGCGGUAGGCCGGAAGUCCGGUGAUGACGAGGAAGUUCUUUAACUUCGAAACUUUUGCUCUAUGUACCUGCCAAUGUUCUGCGAUCUUUUUGCCUCUUUUUUUCGUUGAUUGUGUUUAGUAACUGGAAAGUAUUUUAUAUAAUCCUGCUUAGAGAACGCGUCUUUUUUGUUUUAUUUUUAUAAACAAUCAGUAUUAUUAUUUAUUUUUGUUAUAUAGCGUAUUUUUCAGAGUUAUGAACAGGACAGAGAAAUGAUGUUUAUAUCUAUGUCCUUUUCUGUUCUGUUACAUAACUGAAGAGUGUAUGAUUGACGUUUUAUA